AUGAAGAACUUCUGUGCUGCACGGGCGUCUUCUCUUAUCACUGCCGUUUUUCUUCUGCUAAUUCCUGAAGGUGGCUGUGUAAGAAUCAUUGGAGGAGAAACAGUGGUUCCUCACUCAAGACCUUACAUGGUCUUACUUAAACUUGGCCAAAAGACCACCUGUGCUGGCGCUUUGAUUGCAAAAGACUGGGUGCUGACUGCUGCCCAUUGCAAAAGCCCGAGAAAGGGUUCUCAGGUCAUUCUUGGAGCUCACUCAAUAGACAAGGAUGAGCCAGAAAAACAGAUAUUAUCCAUUAAGAAAGCAUUUCCCUACCCAUGCUUUGACCAGUAUACACACGAAGGUGAUCUGCAGCUUUUACAGUUAAACAAAAAAGCAACCAUUAACAAAAAUGUGGCUAUCCUUGCCCUGCCUAAAAAGGGGCACGAUGUAAAACCAGGAACCAGAUGCCAGGUUGCAGGAUGGGGGAAAUUUCAGAAUAACUCACCUUUGUCUCCUACUCUGAGAGAAGUCAACAUUACUGUCAUAGACAGAAAAAUCUGCAAUGAUGAAAAACACUAUAAUCUUAAUCCUGUAAUUGGACUAAACAUGAUUUGUGCGGGAAACCUCCGUGGUGGAAAGGACGCAUGCCAAGGAGAUUCUGGAAGCCCUCUGCUGUGUGAUGGCAUUUUCCGAGGCAUCACAGCUUUUGGCCUGAAUGGGAAGUGUGGAGAUCCCCGGGGACCUGGAAUCUAUACUUCUCUCUCAAAGAAGCAUCUCACGUGGGUAACUGCAACCAUGAAGGGCACAGUUUAGAUGUGUGAGUUUCAUUUUAUCUGCUGUCAUGUCUACAUCUAAUCGCAAAUAAAAUCAACUGAAU